GCCAAUCCCUGGCCUCGUCGGGCGGAGCCCCCGCCCCUCAAGCCGGUGAGCGUCACGCGUGACGUUACGCGUGAUGGAUGUGAAGGCGGGGGGGAAGCCCGGGGAGGAAGGCGAGUUUGAGAGCUGCAGAACCGCGGAGCCCAGGAGUCUAGGAAAGCAAAAUGGGUGAGUUGCCCUUAGAUAUCAAUAUCCAGGAACCUCGCUGGGACCAAAGCACUUUCCUAGGCAGAGCCCGGCACUUCUUCACUGUGACGGACCCCCGAAAUCUGCUGCUGUCUGGGGCACAGCUAGAAGCUUCCCGGAACAUCGUGCAGAACUACAGGGCUGGCGUGGUAACCCCAGGGCUCACUGAGGACCAGCUGUGGAGGGCCAAGUACGUGUACGACUCUGCCUUCCAUCCAGACACAGGAGAGAAGGUGGUCCUGAUUGGCCGCAUGUCAGCCCAGGUGCCCAUGAACAUGACCAUCACUGGCUGCAUGCUCAUCUUCUACAGGAAGACCCCAACCGUGGUGUUCUGGCAGUGGCUGAAUCAGUCCUUCAAUGCCAUCGUGAACUAUUCCAACCGCAGUGGCGACGCUCCCAUCACUGUGGGGCAGCUGGGAACAGCAUACGUGAGUGCCACCACCGGGGCUGUGGCCACGGCCCUGGGACUCAAAUCCCUCACCAAGCAUCUUCCCCCACUGGUUGGCAGAUUUGUGCCCUUUGCAGCCGUUGCAGCUGCCAACUGCAUCAACAUCCCCCUGAUGAGGCAAAGGGAGCUGCAGGUGGGCAUCCCAGUGACCAAUAAACAGGGUCAGAGGCUUGGCCAUUCUGUGGUUGCAGCCAAGCAAGGAAUCUUCCAGGUGGUGAUAUCAAGAAUCUGCAUGGCGAUUCCUGCCAUGGCUAUUCCCCCGGUGAUCAUGGACACCCUGGAGAAGAAAGACUUCCUGAAGCGCCGCCCCUGGCUGGGGGCCCCACUGCAGAUGGGCCUGGUGGGUUUCUGCCUGGUAUUUGCCACCCCACUGUGCUGUGCCCUGUUCCCCCAGAGAAGCUCCAUACACGUGAGCAGGCUGGAGCCGGAGCUGAGAGUUCAGAUUCAGGAGCAAAACCCCAGCAUCGAAGUGGUUUACUACAACAAGGGGCUCUGAGGCAGGGUCAGCCCCUGGCCUCCUUCCUCGCCUCCUUGGGCUGCUGCUUAAUAGAGCCUUGCUGUCCUUGCUGCUUUCCAUCUGCCUGGUGCUGGGCAGAGGGCUUGGUGGGGGAGCAGCCAUUGAGACCAGCGAUCCAUAGGCUGAGAGGUGCCCCAUCAGCCUUUUACUCUCCUCUGAUUUCAAAAGACAGGGUCAUAUAAUCCCUUUCUCCUACUCCAGUACAUCUGUGUAUGUACAUAAGUGAUAACGUGUGUGUGUACAGGCUGCCCUGGGGUGUCCUCGUGUCUGGCUUCCCUUCUUGGCUAUCUGCCAGCCAGGGUACAGGGCUUUCUUGCCUAAACAGUUUCACCAGCCAAGUCAUUUCUGAUGGGACCUUGCCCCUUCUGGACAUAAGAGGAGCCCCAGGAUCUCAUGACAAAGAUUGAAGGACACUUAGCAGGCCAAACUGGGCUGAAUCCUUCAGAUUUCUGCUUUCUGGCUCCCAAAGCUGACUCGAGAACUGGGCUGGCGGAGGAGGACAUGUGGGGAUAAGGGAGGCAGGAGGCUUGUCCCAUCCCCCUCAUCCUGGAAUGGGUCAUUUCCUCUCUUCUUCUCUAUAGAACAAACGAGUGUCAGCAUCCUGUACUGCUCUUGCUGGCUUCCCAUCCUCCCUCCCUCCCACUACAAUAAGGCCAUCUUAGGGCACAAUCCCAGGAGUUCUUGGUUCAUUCUGACUUCAUAACCUCAAAGCUAAACUUAAAUCCCAGCACCCUCCCACAACCAAAAAGUCAUGAAGGCAUAGCAAGCAUUCCUUUCUAAGAGCCUCCGCAGCACCCUCUGACAGAGGGAGGCAGCUGUGGGAAUGGUGCUUACACUCCACAGGUGUCUGAGUGGCUGUGAGACACCUCAGGGCGACGAAGCCUGAGUGUACAAUUUUAAGACAGGGGAUUUUUUGUUGCGCUGAUCUUGUUAGACAUUCCACAGCAUCCUGAUCUUAGUUCCUUCUCUUUCUUGAGGGUUGAUUCUGCUCCCACCCCCACCCCCAUCUCCAAGAGGCAGAAGGGCCCAGGUGUCAAUGGCUGGUCCAAAGGGGAGGUGGGCUUGAGGAUGUAAUAUGUGCUGGUGAAUUCACAGAGUGAAGAGUUGGACCUUGCCUCCAACUCCUGUGACCUCUGGCUGAAGUGGGGUGAAGGCCCCAGUGUGAUCCUCUAAGAGCACCUUCCUGCUUCCUGCAACCAACCACCACCAGUAAUAAAAGCUAUGGGCCAUUGUUACUCAGUAAACUGAA